CCCAGUUUCCUGUUUGAAAAGCCAUCCUGACGCCGCGCUCCACGCGCACGAUGCCCUCACCGAUUCCCGUCACUCGUCUGCUCCCUAAAGGAGACAUGUGUCCUUCGGCGGACAUCAGGACUUGCAGCAGUCCCUUGUCCAAACAAGUGUUCGGCUCCACUUUACAGGUGCCACUGCAGCGACUGCAGGGUCGCGUUGCGAGCCGGCUGUGGUCAUCGGUCAUCCUGUGGAAGGAGUUGCAUUGUGUGCAGCCUGUCGGUUCCGGGGGGUUCGGUUCCGUCUACAAGGCGACGUAUCUCGGGGGAAGCGUUGCGCUGAAAAAAGUCAAGAAGUGCACCAAAAACAAACUGGCUUCUCGUCAGAGCUUCUGGGCAGAGCUGAACGCCGCACACCUUCGCCAUCCGAACAUCGUGCGCGUCGUUGCAGCGACCACGUGUGUUCCGGCGGACCUCGAGGACGACGGCAGCAUCGGAACCAUCCUGAUGGAGUUCGUGGGCAGCGAGAACAUGCAGCAAAUCAUCGACGCAUGCGUGGAGCCGCUGGAGGCGGACAGGUGGCUCAGGUAUUCUUUGGACAUCGUGCACGGGCUCCACUUCCUGCACUCCCAUAGGAUCGUCCACCUGGACAUCAAACCGGCCAACGUCCUGCUGUCCAGUCAGGACGUCUGCAAGAUCGCCGAUUUCGGCUGUUCGGUCCAACUGGACGGUGGCGUUUCCGACGUGACGUCAUGCCUGAGGCACGUGGGAGGCACGUACACGCACCGAGCGCCGGAGCUCUUGAAGGGCGAAGGCGUGUCUCCCAAGAGUGACAUCUUCUCCUUUGGCAUCACCAUGUGGCAGAUGAUCACGUCCAGGCAGCCUUACCUGGGCGACAGGCAGCACGUGCUCUACGCGGUGGUGGCAAACAACCUUCGGCCGUCCCUUGAAGACCAGGCUGUCUUCCGGUCUCAGCGAGGACGACUCUGCAAGAACCUGCUGAGCAAAUGUUGGACUGGAGAGGUUCGCCGCAGGCUCAGCGCACAGGAGGUGAUGACUCAACUAGAGACCAUGAGAUGACCAUGAGAUGACCAUGAGAUGACCAUGAGAUGAUCAUGACAGCAUUGAGGGAGACUUGGAGAAGCACGUGAGAAGCCUGGCGUGUCACGUUCAUCAUUUCUUCUACAGCAACGUAGCAGAAGCUUCCAAGGCUUCGAGAGGAACAUCCGUCCCCGCCUCUGUGGACGCUUGUGUCGCUGUUCUACUUUUAGCAAGUUUUGUCAGCAGUGGUGCUACUGCAGUGACUGUGGUGUUACUGCAGUACUGCAAGCACUUUGCUGGUUUGAGGGUUGGGGGGUGAGGACCAUUUGAAGCUUUUAAUAUUUUGUGAAUGUAAGUUGUGAUGACAUUUGGCUUUCAUUAAAUGACACCGUUCGUAUUUUGCUGAUGUGUCC